AUGGAUAGGUUAGUAGGAGUCACAGAUGUCGAUUGUGUGGACAACCUUCGAAUGGACCGUAACACGUUUGGGAGGUUAUGCCAAUUACUUAGACACAUAGGGGGUCUUAAGGAUGGGAAAUAUGUUCUUGUGGAGGAGCAAGUAGCUAUAUUCUUAGGACAGACAAUAUCUCACUAUGUACAUCGUGUUCUAAUUGCGAUUUUAAAGAUGCACACCCUUUUUUUGGUGAAGCCUGACCCAAUAACCGACGAUUGCCUUGAUCCACGAUGGAAGUGGUUUAAGGGUUGUCUGGGAGCCCUUGAUGGGAUGUAUAUCAACAUGCUUGUGCCUAAUAUAGACAAGCCAAGGUAUCAGACACAGAAGGGACAAAUAUCGACAAACACAUUGGCUGCGUGUGAUCGAUAUAUGAGGUUUGUUUAUGUUUUACCGGGAUGGGAAGGCUCGGCUGUAGAUUCUAGAGUACUUCGUGACGCAGUCAACCGGGUUCAUGGAUUGCGAGUACCAAAAGGGAAUUAUUACUUGUGCGACAAUGGAUACGCAAACAACGAUGGGUUCUUGACUCCAUACAAAGCUAGACUGGUGUCGGGGCAUGAUGACACGAUGUUGGUGCUGGAUUGCAGUUGUGUAGGGGAAAAUGUCUUUAGUGUUUGGGCAAGGCUGCACAAUCAUGGUGCAAUGGCUCUAGAAAGAAUUUGA